AUGUCAUCAUUGCAAGAUGAACCAUACUACUGUAGUGAACAAAUUCCGAUUCCUCCUGAAUUACCCGAUAUAUUAUUGCAGUUUUCCAAAGCUGCAAUACGAACUCAGCCAACCGAUGUUCUUGCAUGGAGUGCUGCGUAUUUUCGUGCUUUGACGAAUGGCGAGACGCCUCCUGUGAAAGAGCGGCUCGAAAGGCCUGUCGCAACUCAGAAAACAGACACUGGUCUCACUAUUGGAUUGCUGAAAAUUCUUCAUAGACAAUUAUCACCCAAAAGUAUGGUACCUGUUGAAGAAAUUCAACAGAAAUUUGACCAGUUGAAUAUUCCACGUGAACAAUUCGACGAUAUCGUUCAAAUAGGCGCAUUUCGUGGCGAUGUGCAAUGGAAUUUAUUUUUAGCAAUUGCUGUUUCAAGACUAGCACGAGAUAUAACGGAUACAUUAGCGAAAUUAUGCGAACUAUUAACAAGUGAUCCGCCAGGUGCAAAUGCACGAAUACCAUUUGAACAGUGGAAAGAAUUUUAUCGAUAUUUAGCUGAAUUAGAUGGUGAUAUUUCACAGAAUCAUGUUAAAGAAGUAAUUGAUUACUUGGCAAAUGAAUGGGUUAUUCGACAAAAUGGCAUGGUUCAUCCAAGAAAUUUUACUCAUCCAGAAUGUCCUAAAUUGGCAUCAUAA